AUGGCUUCUGCCCUAGUUGGCAAGCCUAGGUUUCUCUCCAUUCGAGUUGAAAUUCUGCCGCCAAGUGCCGUGAAGGACAAGACUGCAGAGCCAUUAAACGCAUUCAGACUACGAUUGGAUCCAGACUCAAAUUUUGCCGACCUAGCCAAUGUUGCACUGUCAAGGUACGCAAAAGAGCAUCCGGAAUGCUCCAUCAAACCGGUAGCUGGCGGGAUAUUUGACGAGAAGUACUGCUCCGUGGACUUGGAGGAUGGGCUCGACAUCAUUCAACAGGGAGAAGUGCUCAAGCUUGUCCUAGCACCAGACGAGUCCAAUGCCAUCACGGGCAAUAACAACCUGACAACUGCAGCACCGUCACGACCGAGCCAGACUCCUGCAGUAAAGAAAAUCCGACCGAUCACACCAGGACUGCUUCAGCUUCAAGCUUUGACCCAAAGGUCAUCAUCAUUUCCUUCUCGGUCUUCGGGGCUGGGCUCAUCACAACCUCGAUCGUCUCCGUUGGACCACGUUUUGCCCAGCAGGAGUCAAUCGAGAUGCGUUGCCAUCAAAACUGAUCGACGCCCUGCUAGCAAGGGUAAGGGCGGCAAACAAGACCCUUACGAACUGCCAUCAGAUACUGAUGAUAAUCGGUUACAAAAUGCCAAGAAGUCGAAAUCAGGAACAGUGAACGCUUGUGAUAGGCUCGCCAAGUCAAAGUCCAACCACAAUAAAGUCACUUCUACAACAAUCGACCUCACUGCUCCCACGAACAUGGAAUCGAUGCCGCGAGAGACGAAUGUCAUUGUCAUUGAGGACUCGUCCUCAAGUUCAACCAGCCCUGAUCUAACCGACGUUCCCAGCACCGUUGGUCUGUCAGGAAGGCUCGCGCAGGGGGCGACCAAGAAUCCGGCUCACCAACCGCAGAGUCGCCCAGACAAGAAUGGAAAACGUUCCAAUUCUCACUCCAUCAACGACCACAUUAAAGUUGUCGACGCGGAUGGAGACAACGUGGAGGAAACGAGAGGACCCGAGUCUAGCCCUCCAUACAUGGUGAAGAACUCGCAAGGCUAUAUGCCGGUCUUCACUAGGAGAGAAUUGUCUGGACAGAGAAAUACCGCAAGAAGGCCCUCAACAUCGUCCACAUCUACAUCUAAGAGCGUGAAAAGUGCUGGACCAUUGACUCUAACACCUUCACGAAUUGCUGCCGCGACAAAGAACCUACACGAACGAUUUCAGCGCGAGGCCAAAGCGCGGGAAGCCGCGAAACAAGAAGCUGCACUACAGCAAGCACAAAUCAAGGAGAAACAGAAGAGAGAAAAGGCGGAAGCUCGCCGCAAUACGCCAAGUGCUGCUAUCGCACGCAUCAAAUCUAUGACUGAAAGGAAGUUUGGUCGCAAAGAACCAAGAAAGCGCAUCCCAGACGCUUUCUUCCAUGAUCCUAGGCAUCCCGACGAAGACGAAGAGAUGGAUGAUGCUAUCAGAAGACAGCCACAUAUGCCUGAUUCCGAAAGCGCAGAAGACGAAAGAGAGUUCUCCCGCAGUAGCACCCUCCAAACAGCAAUGCCGCAGUUGAAGGCCGCCACCCGGGAGGCAUACUUCAAACCCAUUAACCGAUUAUGUCCCGAGAAGAAGACCAAGCCUGAAAGUCAGCUGUCGGGGGGGCUUGCGGCUGCGUAUAAGCAGCGAGCACAUAAUGCAUUCGAAGACCUAGAUGAGUCUGAUGCAGGCAACACCAAGGAGCCCCAGAUCAACCCGACCAGCUUUGAAACGGCCGACGAAAUCACAGAUGAAGAUAUUCCCGGUACUCCUGAAGGCUUCCGACAUUGGCUCAAAGACUACGAGACCAAUUUUACCCCUCAUGUUGGCUUCUGUUCUGUGGCUGAUGGUCCUUAUAAAGGUCUCAUUCGGAGCGGACCUAGGAAAGGGAAGUAUCUCAGUGGACAUGGCUCUCCAUCUAAUGCCAGAAUCGCCGAGAUGGAGAAGACGGCAGUGCGCAGGGAGCAACUCAGUAAUUUUUGGGACUCCGAUUCUGAGGUGGUGGAACACGAUACUAUCAGCGAAAGUGAUGAUGAGAAACUUCCCAACCCAGUUCCACAGUUUAUGAAGAGCUCUGUAUCUUCUGGAUCAGAAAGCACUUCAGUUCUCAUCAUGAGACAGCUAUCACAAGAGGUGCCUCCAUCCAACCAAGAAUUGGGCAUUUUGAUGAGCUCAAGCCCAUCGAGAAGUACGAGCGAUUCUGUGCGGACGCCUGCUAACCAUGGAUCGCCACGACUCGACGAUGGCAGUGCAACGUCGACAAGAGCUAUUGUUGUUAGCACGCCUGGAGUACAUAUCGAAAAUCAUUCCAGCGACAUUGACCUAGAUGUCACCCCCAGUUUUGAGAGAGCUCUGUCCCAGGUAGAAACACCAAGCACGAGAUCAAGGUCGACGCAAAAGACUACAGCUAUGAGUCCUGCUGCUGUCGAAAAUGCACGGCCAGCGACAUUGGGCAGAAUUGUGGUUAAGGUCCCUCAGUUGUCCCCAGAGAAGCAAGCUCAAUAUCAAAAAGUCCAGGAAAAUCAAAGUCAGCAUGGGCGAUCACCUCUGAAAUCUUUCAAAGAGAUCAAUCGCAUUCAUGAAGACACGGACAUUGCUUCACAAGACUCUGGCGCAGCCGCAAUUGAGCAAGUUCUCAACGCAUCCCCCUCGUGGUUGACCAAUGUUACUGAGAUCGCAUCGAAAUUCCCUGAUGCCGACAGGAGGACUUCGUAUCGUCUGAGGAGUCACGCCGCCACUACACCUUGUCGACCUACUACUGAAACACAGAGAAAGUGUGAGGUAGAUUUGACUAAGAAUCAAGAUCCCACCUACCAGCCUUCUGAUUCCCACAGUGCAUCCGAAAGCUCUGCUGAUGAGCAAAGGGAGAACUCUAAGAGCGUGGUGAAAAAACGAGCAAGCGCCACUUCGGCGAAGCCAAUACGGGCUCUGCUAUUUUCUCAUGAUGCUUUGUCUCGUUCAAGUCAAGGUCCAAAUCCAACGCCAAUAAAACACCACAAGGUCAAUGACAACCAACUAGAGUUAAUACAGUCAACCCCAAUACCGGCACCGUCCAUUCCGGAUCUAUUACAGCGAAUCAAGGAUACAUCAUUGAUGAAGCGAUCUGAAUCUGUACCUCACUCUCCAGAAGAGGCGGAUCUGUUGAUAAUAUCACAACUUGAGAAUCGCAGCUCAAAGUCGACCAUGAAGAGUGACACGGCGUCACAUGCUUCUGUGGCGGAUGGUCCACAUGGUGCCAGUAAUCAGACUGUCAUGAAGUGCAACAAGCGAAUGCGCAAGGACGAUCUUGACAGUAUUGAAAAGGAACACGACUCUCACCAGCGAAAGAAGCAGAAGAAACAUGGGAGUAGCGACAGCGCUGACAGGCCGCAACAGCUCGACAACAAAGACAAAACCAUUAGAGCCAAUAAGCAGAGGGAUAAACCACGGAAGCGUUGCAUGGCGUCGAACAAGGCGUUGCCACACCAGGAUGGUGGCCCGAACAAGGUAUUCGAUCAAUCCAAUGCUUCUCGAGUUCGCAGUCGCAAGGUGCUUGACAAAUCAGAAGAACAAGACAAUAGCACGACCCAUCAAUUGCCUGCAGAGCCAAAGCCGAUCGAUGCACUCGUCAAUGCCAAGACGCUUAGGCAAAGGAAGCAAAAGCGUAACGAGAACCGCAAACAGAAACGUACCGAUCAAUCCCAUCCAUUCACUUUGCCAGCGAAAUCGAAGUCCCUCGACCAUACAAACGUGCAAAUACCAAAGCCGGCUCAGGAACGCCCUGUGGAGGUCAUAUCAGGAAAGAAAGAUGGCUCGAAAAAGAAGCAGAUGAAAAUGGCUUACAUCCCAAGAUCCGCAAAGAAACUCCCCUCGCCACCAAUUACGUCGCGCCCCUCUAGUGCAGGUUCGGCAUUCUGA